CGGAGUAAUACCCAGUGUUAUUAUGGCGGUGUGAUGAUGGUGACGGAGGCGAGGAGCUCCACCUUGUGCCGCCCCGUGCAUGGCCAGCCAUGACCCCACACGCCGCCCUCCUGGCCUGAUGAUGCGUGGACACCAUGUGCACACACUGGAUCCCACUACUGGCCAUUAUCGCUUGUCUAGCUCACACUCAGGGUUACCCAGAGUUGCUGUUUGCCAACCGCAAAGAUAUUCGCAUUAUAGAAGUUGGAAAAGAGAGGCAGUCACGCCAAGUUAUUAAAGAUGUUACAGAUGCAGCAUCUGUGGAUUACUACUACAAGGGGCAGCUGGUUUGUUGGACCGACAUUGACAAUGAGGUCAUCAAGUGCGUACAGGUCAACAAGAUCGGUGGAGGGACAAAGGGACAUAAAGAGGUGACAGUAAUAUCAAGGGGAAUUAUAUCACCUGAUGGCUUGGCAAUUGACUGGCUGAGUGAGAAGCUAUAUUGGACCGACUCUGACACCAACAAAAUUGAGGUUGCGGGAUUGUACACCAAACAUCGAUGUGUUCUUUUCUGGCAGGACCUUGAUCAACCUAGAGCUAUUGCUCUUGUUCCUGCUGAAGGGCUGAUGUUUUGGAGUGAUUGGGGCGAAAAUCCCAAGAUUGAGAAAGCUGGUAUGAAUGGCGACUCCUCCACAAGACAAGUCAUUGUUCAAGAUGAAAUAUUUUGGCCCAAUGGUCUGACGGUGGAUUACGAACAGCGGGUUAUAUACUGGGCAGAUGCCAAGCUCAACUAUAUUGCUUCAGUGGACUUUGACGGCAAGAGAAGAACAAAGGUGGUCCAGAGCAAGUUGCCUCAUCCGUUUGCUUUGACGUACUUCAACAACACCUUAUACUGGACAGACUGGGAGACGAGAGCUAUACACUACUGCAGCGUUGGUCAGAGGAGAAGUUGUGACAAGCAGCAACAACUUGGGACAAACCUCUCCCCAAUGUACAUCCAUGUUUAUGACCCCGCACGGCAGCUUCACGUCAACACUCCGUGCCAGAACAACAAUGGAGGAUGCAGUCACCUGUGUUUAGCAGCUCCAACGCCUCAUAACUUCACUUGUGCGUGUCCCACGGGAGUGAAGCUCAUUGACGAGUUCAACUGUUCCAAUGGACCAGAAGAGAUGCUGAUACUGGCUCGUCGAACGGAUUUGCGCCGCAUAUCUCUCGACACUCCAGAUCACACGGCUGUUGUCAUUCCUGUGCUGGGCGUUAAACAUGCAAUUGCUGUUGAUAUUGAUCCCAUUGACAGCUUUAUUUACUGGACUGAUGAUGAAACACUCCGCAUUCAUCGUGCUAAAUUAGAUGGAUCGGAACAAGAGGUGAUAGUGUCUGCUGAAGUAGUCCAUCCAGAUGGUAUUGCUGUAGAUUGGAUUGCACGCAACUUAUACUGGACAGAUGCAGGGCCCGACCGGAUUGAGGUCGCAAGACUCAACGGAACUUCCAGAAAGAUUCUUAUUGCUGAUAACCUUGAUGAGCCAAGAGCCAUUGCGAUAGACCCUGAUGGUGGGCUCAUGUUUUGGACAGAUUGGGGUACAAAUCCAAAGAUAGAACGUGCAGCCCUCGAUGGCUCUAUGCGACAGGUCAUAAUUAAUUCAGGCCUUGGGUGGCCCAAUGGUGUUGCAAUUGAUUCAGAGCUGAGAAAAAUAUAUUGGUGCGAUGCUAAGGAAGACAAAAUCGAGAUGGCAGCUCUGGACGGCAGUGAGAGAAGGGUGGUUCUGAGUGAGCAUCUUCCACACGUGUUUGGCUUCUCUCUCUUGGGCGACUUUUUGUACUGGACUGACUGGCAGAGGAGGAGCAUAGAGAGAGUCAACAAGUUUGAUGCGACGCAGCGCGAGGUGAUCGUGGAGCAGCUGCCAGAUCUUAUGGGGCUCAAGGCAGUGAACGUGAGCAAUAAGGCUGGGUUCAAUCCUUGUCGCAAGAACAAUGGUGGCUGCUCUCACCUCUGUCUUAAUAGACCUACCAACUACACCUGUGGCUGUCCUAUUGGUUAUGAACUCACUCAGAAUGAGAAGGAGUGCGUUGUUCCUGAAGCCUUUCUGCUGUACACGAGGAAGGAGGACAUCAGACGCAUCUCCCUCCUCACUAGCCAUAACGUUCCCAUCCCUGUCACCGGCAUCCAGCAGGCCAUGUCCAUUGACUUUGACAGUGUUGAUAAUCGACUGUACUGGACGGAUAUCAGGGUGAAGUCCAUCUCUCGUGCCUUUAUGAAUGGCUCCCAAAUGGAGCCUGUUAUAGAGCUUGGACUUUCUUUUCCUGAAGGCAUGGCUGUUGAUUGGCUAGCUCGCAACAUUUAUUGGGCAGACAUGGGAAACAACAGGAUUGAAGUUGCAAGAUUAAAUGGAACAUCUAGACGAGUUCUUCUGUGGCAGAACAUCGCUAGUCCCAAAUCUCUGGCACUUGAUCCGGGUCAGGGCUACAUGUACUGGUCAGAAUGGGGAGAUGAGCCAAGCAUAUCGCAUGCCCAUCUGGACGCCUCGCAGCCAUCUCCAAUUGUCACAAAGAUGGGCCGUGCAAAUGGCCUCACUAUCGACUUCAAAGAUAGUCGCCUGUACUGGACAGAUAUUGACAAUUUCUUGAUAGAAAGCAGUGAUUUAAAUGGACGUAACAGGGAGGUGGUUGUUAGAGAUUUGCCGCAGCCCUACGGUCUGACGCUGUACGAGGAUUAUGUUUAUUGGGCUGACUGGAAGACUGGUACUAUAGAGCGUGCAAACAAAAGCAAAGGUGAAAACAGAACAAGAAUACAGGGUCAGCUUGAUUUUAUUAUGGAUAUUCUGGUGUUCCAUUCAUCUCGUCAGUCAGGAAAGAAUCCGUGCUCGGUGGAUAAUGGUGGCUGUUCCCACUUGUGUCUGGCAGUGCCAGCCUCUAAUGGUUCCCAGAAUUAUACGUGUUCUUGCCCGACCCACUACAAGCUAGACAGGGAUGGCAAGACUUGCAGAGCACCAACAUCUUUCUUGUUGUUCAGUCAAAAGUCUGAAGUUAGCCGUCUUGUAGAGGAUGCCAGCGAGUGCCCAACACUCAUACUCCCCAUUCACAGCAUGCGCAAUGUGCGUGCUAUUGACUACGAUCCAGUAGAUCAAUUGGUGUACUGGGUAGACGGCCGUGGACCCACCCUACGUCGUGCUCACCACAAUGGCACGCAGAGCGAGGUAUUUGUGAGCAAUGCCAUGGAGAAGAUUUAUCCCUACGAUAUAGCUGUGGAACCUUUCACUAGAGUCCUCUUUUGGUCUUGUGCAAGAAACAAUGUGAUAAACAUAACCAAGCUUGAUGGAACACAGGUCGGUGGCAUCAUUGGCCAUGAAGGGGAGGACCAGCCACGUUCACUGGCAGUCCACUCGGUGCUUGGUCUGCUAUUCUUUAUAAACAUGGUGUCCCCUCCACUAAUUGAGCAAGCUCACAUAGACGGCUUGCACCGUCGUAAGAUCAUCACGGAGGGUCUCACGUCUCCUUCAGCUCUAGCUGUCGAUGCUCAGGACAAUUUUUUGUUUUGGGCAGAUACAACCACGAAACGGAUUGAAACUGCAACAAUCUUAGGAGAGGACAGGAAAGUGUUAGUGGACAAGAAGCUAGAGCAGCCCGUGGGUCUGGCUGUGCACGAGGACUUCCUCUACUGGGUGGACCGGGAGUUAACCCAGGUUGAACGCGUCAACAAGUUUACAGGACAGCAGAGAGAAAAAUUACAAGGGCGAAUAUACUACCUUUCUGACAUCAUUGCUGUAACACCCGUCCUCUCUCAGAAGAUGAAAGUGCACCCAUGUCACAAUGGAAGUGAGUGUAGUCACCUAUGCCUUGAAAGAGAUCAGCAACAGCGGUGUGCAUGCCCCGAAGGCAAGACCCUAGCAGACGACUUGAAGACGUGUAUCAACCCUCCAAGUUGCCAACCCGAAGAAUUUCGCUGCCACUCGGGAUCUGCCGAUUGCAUUCCACUUAAAUGGAGAUGUGAUGGGCAGGCCGAGUGUGAAGACAAGAGUGACGAAUUCAACUGUCCCUUACCGAUGUGUCAGUCGCAGUUUCGCUGUAAAAACAGUCAAUGCAUUGAUAAAUCUGAGGUUUGUGAUGGCAAGAGGCAAUGCAGUGAUGGAACUGAUGAGGUAGGAUGCUGUGAUGAAGGGCAAGUUAUGUGCGUUUCAACAGGACGAUGUGUGGAUACUGCUGUACACUGUGCCGGAGGUCGUCGUCCUUGUCCCGAUAACCCUGAUCAUGCUCUGUGUUCCACCUGGGUUAUAGAUCCUCCAGAUGUAAAUGGAACAGCUAGUAAAGCUCCAUAUAUUGUGGGUGUUGUGGUAUCAGUUGUAGUGCUAGUGUGCGUGGCUGCAUUAGUGGUAUAUUACCGAAGGAGGCCAUCACUCUUGGACGAUCAUGAAUUGGAACCUCAUCCCAAGCCUCCCCAGCCGAGAUCAUAUAAUAUUGUGGUGACUUCCUGGGGUAAAAGCUACACAUCAGUACCGGGUGAACCUCCGCCGAGAGAUCCCCAUAUGCCCAUUGGUGUUGGUGGUUCGUCGGCACCUGGGAUAUGCAGAGGCAUUAUUAAUAGAGGUGCAAUAGCUCGAGGAAUGUUUGAUCCUGCACCAGUAACGGGAGCAUCAUCAUCGUCCUCUUCCAUGACUCAUUACCCCAGAGAAACACUGAAUCCUCCGCCUACUCCCGUAGCAGAGAACAGAGGUCGGAAUCAGGAAACCCACUGUUGUUGUAAUUCACAUCAAAUACCGACGUCGACUCUCCACUCCUAUCGUCACUACAAGACCCGUAACAGGCCUCCCCCUCCCACCCCUUGCUCUACAGAUGUUUGUGAUUCAGAUGUUUAUUCGUCAGCAGUGUCACCACGUAGAAGCCAUUGUUACACUCCAGGCUCUACCACCUACUACUCCUCUCCACCCAUGACAGACUAUGAUUCAGAUCCUCACCCUCCUCCUCCUACUCCACAGAUGCAGUAUAUGUGUGACUUCACUUCAUGCCCCCCAACCUCCUCCUGCCCUCCCUCUCCAUCCACCGAGCGUUCGUACUGUGCUCGUGCCCCCUGUCCUCCUCCGCCUUCACCGAUAGCAUCUGACUGAAGUACCUCAUCCGCAGUAUGUACCUGUAAAUAACAACUGCUUCACACUGUUAAAACAAUUUAUAUUAUUGUUAUACCUGUUUAAUGUCCUCAAUUAUUUUCUAUUGGAGUUGUUACCUUCACUCAGGGGAAUUGUUAGACAAGCCUCCUGUUUGUGAUUGACUGAGUCAGGGAGCGUAAACUGUAAUUUUUAUUGUAAAUCAUUCAUUUAUUAAGUACAUGGAAAGUACAAAGCAAUUAACAUAUGUAGUUCAGUUACUGCUACUUGCCUUUUUAAUGUGAUACUUGGCUUCCACCUGGCAGCUUGGAUGGAUUGCCAGAUUUUAACUUUGAAAGCAAAAUGUUAGGUGUCUUUUGCAAAUUAUUAGCAUGGCAAGGAAAGGGUCAUUGUGGUGGAGGUUCCUCACUGCCAACUCAUUUACAUUGACAUUUGAAACUUAACAUGUUUAUUUUUUGGCAAAUUAGUAAUUUCCUCUCCCAAGAUCCUUCCCUGCCCUUGAGUCAUAUUUUUAACUGUGGACAAAUUGGGCAAUGGAUGCUUCAUACAGUCUGGUUUUAUAGGAUGCAUCAUAUUUAUAAUAAGAAAUAGUCAUUUGUCAGCAAUCUUGGCUUUCAAAAAUUGUGCGUUUAGGAUCGAGGACUGGUGAUGGGAAGACUCUACUCCUACUUAGCACGGUUAUCAACUAGCCAGCGGCAGCAGUUGGUGGCAUGAUACUCUCUCUCCAGCGUUGUUUUGUAUCCAUACCCAUUUGCUCACUUUUGUAAGACAAAUGCCACAAGUGUCUUAUAUUUUAUAUUCUUUCAUAUAAUAUUUUAACUUAAGAAGCAUAGCUGGAAUGCAUCAUCAAUUAUCAUUUUGUAGACUUGUUUUGUACACAUUUGUAUAUGAUAGUGAAAUGGGCAUGUGACCCUAGUCAAGUGUUGACAAGUGAUGGAGGAUGCAAGUGUAGUAGUGUAUAAUGCUCCAGGUUUCUAUGUUCCUUUUUAUCGGUUAAUAAGUUGUUUAUUUUGUUUAUAUAGAGAUGAUAAUAGUGUAGUUUAUGAAUGUUUAGUUGUAAGCAGGCAUGGAAACAUUAUACGUGGGAGCAAACUUGAAGUUAAUCAAGUGUCAUUUCUGUCUUUCACUCCUCAAAUUACAUAUCUACUCAAUUUAAAUGAUCCCUAGAAAAUUGUCUUAAAUUCUAUAAAUAUUUUAUAAUGUUUUUAAGUUGUAUUUCAUGUCAAUUUUGUUGUGUAAGUGAUAAUUUUGAUCAAAACACAAGAUGAAGCUUAGCAUUGUAUGUAGGUUACUGCUCAUAAUUGCAAGUGGCAUUACUAGCAGAUAUAUUUUUGCGGCACAAUAUUAUUAGGAUUGGAGAUGCAUGGUAAGAAUUAUUAUUAUUAUACCUGUAAUGAAGUAAUUUAACCCUCCCAGAAGUAAUAUUACUACAUAGUGGAAUUUGAACAUUACACACUAAUAUAUAUACACAAUGUGUGUGUGUGUAAUUA